UCCUAGGCGCCCUGCUCUCUCUUGCUUUCUCGCACCAAUGAGAAAACUGACCAAGAAGAGGAAGAGGAAGUAAAUGCGAGGGAAGGAGGGGAGGAAAGGGGGAGGUUGCGGAAGGCAGGGCCAGGGAGAGGUUCUUUCUUCUUUGUGCUCUACUGUGGGAGCCAUGGCGAGGCAGCUACAACUUCUCGGCGCCGCCAUUGCUCUGUUCGCCGGCUUCUCUUCCGUGGCUCCUUUGGCAGAAGCAUAUGAUCCUCUUGAUCCAACUGGGAAUAUCACAAUCAAAUGGGAUAUCAUGCAGUGGACUUCAGAUGGCUAUGUUGCUGUUGUUUCCAUAUACAACUACCAAAAAUACCGACAUAUCCAGGCACCUGGGUGGAAUCUUGGAUGGGUGUGGGCAAAGAAGGAGAUCAUCUGGGCAAUGGUUGGUGGGCAGGCCACAGAGCAAGGGGAUUGUUCUCAAUUCAAAGUCAAUAUACCACAUUGCUGCAAGAGGGAACCAACAAUUGUUGACUUGCUUCCUGGAACACCUUACAACAUGCAAAUUGCAAAUUGUUGCAAAGGAGGAGUUCUUAACUCAUGGGUGCAAGAUCCAGUCAGUGCUGUAGCGUCAUUUCAGAUCAGUGUUGGCCGAUCUGGAACUACCAACUAUACAGUGAAAGUGCCAUUAAACUUCACUCUGAAGGCUCCAGGACCAGGAUACAGUUGUGGAGUUGCUCAUGAGGUUAAGCCUCCUACAAAGUUCAUUUCUCAGGAUGGAAGGAGAACAACUCAAGCUCAUGUGACAUGGAACGUGACAUGUACGUAUUCACAAUUUGUUGCUCAGCAGGCUCCAACUUGUUGUGUUUCUCUCUCAUCGUUCUACAAUGAAACGAUAGUUAACUGCCCAAAAUGUUCAUGUGGUUGUCAGAAUAAUAUAACAGGACCGGGGAGUUGUGUGGAGGGUAAUUCACCUUAUUUGGCUUCUGUCUUGAAUGGACUGGGCAAGAGCAGCAUGGCUCCUUUAGUACAAUGCACGCCCCAUAUGUGCCCAAUAAGAGUGCAUUGGCAUGUGAAGCUCAACUACAGGGAAUACUGGAGGGUGAAGAUCACGGUUACAAAUUGGAAUUACAGGAUGAACUACUCACAGUGGAACUUGGUAGUUCAACAUCCAAAUUUUGAUAAAGUCACUACUAUUUUCAGCUUCAACUACAAGUCCCUGAGCCCCUAUGGAGUAAUAAGUCGGUAUUCUUGCACAUUCCUGAUCAUUUUUGUCAAUUCAAUCUUCAAUGUUUUAGCUAAUAACCGGUAUUUUGCUGCAGAUGAUACUGGAAUGUUGUGGGGUAUCAAGUACUACAAUGACCUGCUCAUGGUGGCUGGGCUAGAUGGAAAUGUGCAAUCUGAGCUUCUGUUCCGGAAGGACCCCUUGUCGUUCACUUUCGAGAAAGGCUGGGCAUUUCCAAGGCGGAUAUACUUCAAUGGUGACAGCUGCGUCAUGCCUCCACCAGAUGUGUACCCAUGGCUACCGAACUCUUCACCUGUACUGAAGGCAUCAUCCCUUGUUCAGCCCAUCGCGAUUUGGACAGCAUUGCUGUUCUUAUGGCUUCGUAUGUAGUGACUAUGGAAGGAUCAGCUAACGUUUAGGCAACUGCCAGAACUGGUUAUCGUUGCAUUGGACAUUGGUCUGCUGACACAUGCUGAGUUUCUUGCAAGAUUGGGUGGUAACCUUGCACAUUGGAAGGAUGAUUCUGAUCUGCUUUGAUUAGGAUGUGAACUUGUUAUCCUGCAAGCUUGCUGUAGAUUCACAUUUUGUAUAUUCUACUAGUUCUGACGAUUAGUUAACGCGGCCUGAACAUUAUCUCCCAAGUGAAACCUUGUGUAUGUGGCUGAGCAU